AUGGCGACUGUGGGGCAGCCCUUGCGGAGGAGGGGAGGCUCCAUCCCCACGGGGCGCCUCGUCCUCGGGCCUCACAGCGCCUCCAUCCCCGUCUGGACCCUGCAGAGGAACGGAGCUGCCCCUCGGAGGGUCUCCAGCCGAUUCUCCGAUCAUCCGGGGCUUCUUACUGCCGGGACACCGGGAGCUGCAAUCCCCACCGACGAGCAAUUAGGUCUCGAAGAGAAGGGUGGGCGGGGGCUCUCCUCUGGGCGGGGCGCACGGCAGGUCGGGGCGCGGGACCGCACUGCCCACCCGGCCCAAGCGCGCCGGGCGCGCAGCCCGCUGGAGGGGCGGGGAGGGGCGGGCCGCACAUUUAAGGCCGCACCGCCGCCCGAGCCGGACAGGCAGGCGCUCGGCUGCCGCAGGAGCAAGGAGCGCGCCACCGGCCUCGGCCCCCGCCCGCCCCCCGGGGCCCCCGCCCGCGCCAUGAGGCCGGUGCGUGCAGCCGGGCGCGAACGCGCGGGGCGGCAGGAGAGGGCGGGCGGGCUCCGCGCGUCUCCCUCCGCUGCGCGGAGACCCAGGGCUGCCGGCGUGAAGACGCGAAGCCAGACGCGGGGCAGGGGCCGCGGGGGUCCUGAUUCGCAGGCGGCGCGGGGCUGGGGACUCCACCGGUGCGCUGUGGUCCUGAAGCCGCCCCGGCCUCUGGGGCCCGGGAGUUCAGUGGGCGCCCCCGCCGAGGAACGGCGCGCUGGCGUGUCCCGCCGGGGAGGCCUCAGCUCCGCUUCGGAAAACCCACCUCGGGCCAGCACCGCACCUCUGCUUCUCUUUCAGAAAACAGAAAUUUACUCUGUGGAGCUCAGCGGAACCGGAGACAUUGAGAAAACGGACAAGGGGCAUGACGAGAAGUACAGGGGCCUGAAAAAGAACUGCUUGGAACGCAAAACGCAUCAGCCGAAAGAGGAGCUUAAGAAAGAACUCGAUCUGGAUGAUCACAAACUCAGCACUGAGGAAUUGGAAACAAAAUACGGUACAAACAUCAUUACGGGUCUCUCCAGCACCCGGGCUGCUGAGCUCCUGGCUCGGGAUGGGCCCAACACCCUCACCCCCCCCAAGGAAACCCCGAAGAUUAUCAAGUUCCUCAAGCAGAUGGUGGGGGGGUUCUCCAUCCUCCUGUGGAUAGGAGCCGUCCUGUGCUGGAUCGCAUAUGGGAUUCAGUACUCCAACGAUAAGUCCUCCUCCCUGGACAGCGUGUACCUGGGCUCCGUGCUUGCCCUGGUGGUUAUUUUAACCGGGGUGUUUGCCUAUUACCAAGAGGCGAAAAGCACCAACAUCAUGGCCAGCUUCCGCCAGAUGAUUCCACAGCAAGCUCUUGUCGUUCGAGAUUCAGAGAAGAAGACAGUUCCUGCAGACCAGCUGGUGGUGGGGGAUAUAGUGGAGAUUAAAGGAGGAGACCAGAUCCCCGCGGACAUCAGGCUGCUGUCUGCUCAGGGGUGUAAGGUAGACAACUCAUCUCUCACUGGGGAGUCUGAGCCCCAGCCCCGCUCCUCUGAGUUUACCCAUGACAACCCCCUGGAGACAAAGAAUAUCAGCUUCUUCUCCACAACCUGUCUGGAAGGCACAGCGACUGGCAUGGUCAUCAACACGGGUGACCGCACCGUCAUUGGGCAGAUCGCCUCGCUGGCUUCGGGAGUCCAGAACUCGAAGACGCCCAUUGGCAUCGAGAUCGAGCACUUUGUUCACAUUGUGGCAGGAGUGGCAGUCUCCAUCGGCGUCCUUUUCUUCAUCAUCGCAGUGUCCAUGAAGUAUUAUGUCCUGGACUCCAUCAUCUUCCUCAUUGGCAUCAUUGUGGCCAACGUGCCUGAGGGUCUCCUGGCCACUGUCACUGUGGCUCUGUCACUGACAGCAAAACGCAUGGCCAAGAAGAACUGCCUGGUGAAGGGCCUGGAGGCAGUGGAGACCCUUGGUUCCACCUCCAUCAUCUGCUCAGACAAGACGGGGACCCUAACCCAGAACAGGAUGACCGUGGCCCAUCUGUGGUUCGACAACCAGGUCUUCGUGGCGGACACUAGCGAAGACCAUUCGAAUCAAGUCUUUGAUCAAAGCUCUGCAACCUGGGCCUCCCUGUCAAAGAUCAUAACGCUGUGUAACCGCGCUGAGUUCAGACCAGGACAGGAGAGCGUCCCCAUCAUGAAGAAAGCUGUGGUUGGAGAUGCCUCAGAAACUGCUCUUUUGAAAUUCUCAGAGGUCAUUUUGGGUAACGUGAUGGAAAUUAGAAAAAGAAACCGCAAAGUAGCUGAAAUACCUUUUAACUCAACCAACAAAUUUCAGCUCUCCAUACACGAGACAGACGACCCCAGUGACAAGCGUUUCCUCGUGGUGAUGAAAGGGGCCCCCGAGCGGGUCCUGGAGAAGUGCAGCACCAUCAUGGUCAACGGCCAGGAGCAGCCUCUGGACAGGAGCACGGCCAAGGCCUUCCACACGGCGUACAUGGAGCUGGGCGGCCUGGGGGAGCGCGUGCUGGGUUUCUGUCAUCUCUACCUGCCAGCAGACGAGUUUCCAGCAACCUAUUCAUUUGAUGUAGACACAAUGAACUUUCCUACUUCCAACUUCUGUUUUGUGGGCCUCUUAUCGAUGAUCGACCCGCCUCGGUCCACGGUCCCUGAUGCGGUCACCAAGUGCCGGAGUGCAGGGAUCAAGAUCAUCAUGGUUACUGGCGAUCAUCCAAUCACAGCCAAAGCUAUUGCCAAGAGUGUAGGUAUCAUUUCCGCCAACAGUGAGACAGUGGAAGACAUUGCAAAACGCCUCAACGUUGCUGUGGCACAGGUUAACAAGCGGGACGCUAAGGCCGCUGUGGUGACCGGCAUGGAGCUAAAGGACAUGAGCCCGGCGCAGCUGGACGAGCUCUUGGCCAACCACUCGGAGAUCGUCUUUGCCCGGACGUCCCCCCAGCAGAAGCUGAUCAUUGUGGAGGGCUGUCAGAGGCAGGAUGCUAUCGUCGCUGUGACAGGGGACGGAGUUAACGACUCCCCGGCUCUAAAGAAGGCAGACAUCGGGAUCGCCAUGGGGAUAACGGGCUCUGAUGCAGCCAGAAGUGCAGCCGACAUGGUCUUGCUGGAUGACAACUUCGCGUCCAUCGUCACAGGGGUGGAGGAAGGUCGCCUGAUCUUUGACAACCUAAAGAAGACUAUCGCGUACACCCUGACCAAGAACAUCGCUGAGCUCUGCCCCUUUCUGAUCUACAUCAUCGCUGGGCUUCCCCUGCCCAUUGGCACCAUUACUAUCUUGUUCAUCGACUUGGGCACGGACAUAAUUCCCUCCAUCGCCCUGGCUUAUGAGAAAGCUGAAAGUGACAUUAUGAACAGGAAGCCUCGCGACAAGAAGAAGGACAGACUGGUGAACAAGCCACUUGCCGUGUACUCCUACCUGCACAUUGGCCUCAUGCAGGCCCUGGGAGCUUUUGUUGUAUAUUUCACCGUGUACGCACAGGAGGGCUUUCGACCCAGCACUCUCCUUAACCUCCGGGUGGAGUGGGAAAAGGGCUAUGUGAACGACUUGGAAGACAGCUAUGGACAAGAAUGGACAAGCUACCAGAGGAAGUACCUAGAAUGGACGGGCUACACAGCAUUCUUUGUUGGCAUCAUGGUCCAGCAAAUAGCAGAUCUGAUCAUCAGGAAAACCCGGAGGAAUUCCAUCUUCCAGCAGGGUCUCUUCAGAAAUAAAGUCAUCUGGGUGGGGAUUGCCUCGCAGGUUAUCAUCGCGCUAAUCCUCUCCUACGGCCUCGGGAGUAUCGUGGCCCUGAACUUCACGAUGCUCCGGCCUCAGUACUGGUUCGUGGCUGUACCACACGCUGUUCUGAUCUGGGUGUAUGAUGAGGUGCGGAAACUGGCCAUCAGACUCUACCCUGGAAGCUGGUGGGAUAAGAACAUGUACUAUUAA